GGUGCUUCUGAGAAACAUAGCUUAAAUGUCAAGUCAUCACUAAUAUUUAACUGAUAAACAAUUCGCUAUGGCUGACAAUAAGCAACAAACUAAAUCUCUUCCUCUAGCAUUAGAAAAAUUAUUUGGUUAUAUAGAUGCUCAUAAAGCAGUAUACAUUAAUAAUCUACGAGAAGCAGUUGCUAUAAAAUCGGUUUCAGCAUGGCCAGAUCAUAGAAAUGAAAUAAUUAAAAUGGUCAAAUGGACGGAAGUUAAAUUAAAAGAACUUGGUGCUACGACAGAAUUAGCAAAUGUAGGAAUACAAAAAUUGCCAGAUGAUUCUGAAAUUCCACUUCCACCAGUACUCUUAGGAACUCUUGGUUCUGAUCCUAAGAAAAAAACAGUUCUUUUAUAUGGGCAUUUAGAUGUCCAGCCUGCGCUGAAAGAAGAUGGAUGGGAUACCGAACCUUUUGUUCUUACAGAAAAAAAUGAUAAACUUUAUGGACGUGGCAGUACAGAUGAUAAGGGACCAGUUUUGUGUUGGAUCCAUGCACUUCAAGCAUACAAAGCUAUUGGUGUUGAUUUUCCAGUAAACUUAAAGUUUGUAUUUGAAGGUAUGGAAGAAAGUGGCAGUGAAGGACUAGACGAAUUACUUUGGAAACGUAAAGAUGAUUUCCUAAAAGGAACAGAUUAUGUCUGCAUAUCUGAUAAUUAUUGGUUGGGAACUACAAAACCUUGUAUUACAUAUGGAUUAAGGGGAAUUUGCUAUUUUCAAAUUGAGGUAACAUGUGCAAGCAAGGAUUUGCAUAGCGGAACGUUUGGUGGUAUUGUACAUGAAGCAAUGGCUGAUCUUAUUUACUUGAUGAAUACCUUGGUAGACGUCAAUGGAAAAAUAUUGAUAGAUGAAAUUUAUGAUAAUGUUGCUCCCAUUACUGAUCUUGAAUUAAAAAGUUAUGAAACUAUUGAAUUUGAUGUGAAUGAACUUCGUGAAUCUUCCGGAGCAACUAAAUUACCUCAUAACGAGGACAAGAUUCAACUUUUGAUGCACCGCUGGAGACAGCCAAGUCUUUCCCUUCAUGGUAUUGAAGGAGCUUUUAGUGAACCUGGUGCAAAAACUGUUAUUCCCAGAAAAGUUAUUGGAAAAUUUUCAAUUAGAUUAGUACCCAACAUGACGCCAGAUCAAACUGUAGAACAAGUUACAAAAUAUUUGAAAGCUAAGUGGGAAGCUAGAAAAAGUCCAAAUAUAUUUAACGUGAUUAUGAAUCAUGGAGGCAAACCGUGGUCAGAAAAUCCUGAUCAUCCAAAUUAUGUAGCUGGACGAAAGGCUACUAAACACGUCUAUGAUGUUGAACCUGAUCUUUCUCGUGAAGGUGGAUCUAUUCCAGUAACUUUAACAUUCCAAGAAAUCACAGGUAAAAAUGUUUUACUCUUACCUGUUGGAGCAGGUGAUGAUGGUGCGCAUUCUCAAAAUGAGAAGUUAAACAUAUAUAAUUACAUUCAAGGAACAAAGUUAUUGGGUGCUUAUCUUUAUGAAGUUGCUAACAUUUAACGUGUGACAAAACUAAGUAUUAUUAUAUGAUAUUAAGUAUUAUUAUAUAAUAUUAAGUAUUAUUAUAUAAUAUUAAGUUGAAAUUAUAUC